UUGCUAUCACGUGAAAUUCUGGAAACCGAGCGGAAGUAGUUUUCCGGCUAGUGGCCGUCGUUUAGUUGCUGGCUGAAAAUAUAGUGGGACUGUGCCUUGUAUUGCAACAAAACAAAAGAAGAGUUGGAAUGAAAAUAAGUUUGAAUCCAGAGGAUCGUGUUCACUAACAGAAGUGCACGGAAGACGCGGCGACGGGAGCGAGCGGCCCGGGUUUGUUAACUGACAGCAGGCAAUUUGACCCGGCCCAAUCGGAGCGACCAGGUAACAGCGGAGACGUGAUCGAUCGUGCGAGCGCGGAGUGGCGCGAUCGAAUCUGGAAGAGGAAAGUCACCGGAGCUUUGGACAGCUUCUGGGCCAAUCUGUGGACAUGAGUAGUACCGUGAGGAUAUUAAGUUACCCACAAUCUUCUCAAGAACAUACCUCACAGAACGGACCAGAGGAAAAUGAUGAAACGGACUGCGAGAGUUCUCUUUCGACAUCACAGAUCCCAUCAUGUGACGUUUACAGGCCAGUGCCAGGGAAUUGGUGCUCCACUGAUCAUUUCAGACAACUCUCUCCGUCUCCAACAUGUUCUGAUGCCUUAUCUAAAGGUGCUGACAGUACUUGUGGUGACGCUCCAUUUUAUCAUAUGAAUAACUAUAGCAGUUCUCCUUCAAGACAUGGUCAACAUUGGCACAGUCCUUCUGCCACCAGGUCAAUGGGAUGUGAUAGUUUUGUAUCUGGUGACAACUUGAUGCAGAGUGCUGACAUGACUUAUUCACUGCAGAAUGGGAGCGUACCAUUAUCAACGGUUGCAUCACAUGGCACGCUUGGACUACAGCACCUUGAACCAGGGCUUCCCUUGCUGUCUUAUCAAGUUCGACCACGCAGUCCUUUCUCGCAUCAGAGCCCUUGCCAACCUGGCGUUUCUGUGUAUGUUCCUGAACCACGUUGUUUUCCUUUCGUACCACCCAGAAGAGUAGACCACAGCCCUUUUGGGACACCAGGUUUCAUACCUCCAAAUGGUCCUGCAAAUUUUUCUUUACAGAGGCCACUUGCUCCCACAGAUCCAGUAAAUACAAAUACGCCAGUCAGCGUGCCACUUCCCCGUGAACAGAGAAAAGUCUUUGUGACAUAUGCAACAGAUAAUGACAAGCACGUUGGAGAAGUCAUCAGUUUCGUUGCUUUACUGAUCAGGAAUGGAUUUGAAACUCAGAUUGAUAUAUUUGAACAGCAAUUCAGAAGUAUAAACAAAAUUGACUGGAUGGAAAGAUACAUAAAUGAUAAAGACUACCUGAUCAUUAUCAUCAUUAGCCCUAAAUACUAUGAGGCAGUUACAUCUCAAAACUUUGACAUCAAAAAUGAUGAACAUUCUUUGAAUUCUGUCUUUAUUUAUAAACAGCUGCAAAAUGAAUUCAUUCAGAAUGGAAGCAGGAAUUUCAGAUUUGUUCCCAUUAUUUUUCCAGGUGCUUGCAUGAAACAUGUUCCUUCAUGGCUUCAAAAUACGCAUGUCUACAACUGGCCGAUGCAGCGUCAAGAUAUCCUACGACGAUUAAUGCGUUUGGAAAAGUACAACCCACCUCCAGUUGGUGAACUACCCACCAUUAUACAGAAAUCUAUUUAAUGCAUUUGGAAUUUGUUGCUAUAAAUGUCAUAACAAAUGCAUGAGCUAGUUAAGUCCCAUACAUUCUCUUGGUGAUUUGUAAGUACUGGGGCAAAGAUCAGCCAAUUCACUAGAGGUCUGGAAACCCUGAUUUGCUGAGUUACUCACUUCAGAAUAUUUUGGAAUCUUUUAAGAUUUGCUACACUUUGACAUGGAUAUACAUUUGAUAUGAACAUAACUAACCUCUGAGAUGAGGCGGAUGGGAAAACAAGAAGAAAUGUUCAAACAUUAAUCUGACUUUGUAUUUGGAAGGUUACUUUCCACUUUGAGGCUUCUUUUCGCAGCCACAUUCAGUGAUGGGAGUGUUGGGUUAAAGAUUACUCUGAUCAAUAAAUGGCUGAGGUAAUACUAUGUAAACAAGAUUGGAGCAGUUGAUUAACUUAACUAAGUUUGCACAAAAGAGCAGUGUGUUUUAAUCUGAUAAGAGUGUAUUUGGCGUUGACAUCUGAGAAUGGAAAUUGGCAAAUGCUUGUUCCCAUAUAUAAACAAUUGCUUGCAAUAAUGGGCAGUAAAAUGAUUUUGAGCUUUCUAAUAUUCCCAAUGUCAGCUCAAUUAUAGUGUGAUUAUUGCCUUUUGUGAAACAUUGGAGCAGAACAGCACAGUGAAAUCUGCGAUUCUACUAAAAUCACUUGCUGUUUCAUUUGCAUAGGUGAUUUUUUUUUGUUUUAGAAAAAGCUGCAGAACCUUCUAAAAUUGGGGCUGAAUUAAAACAUAGCAAAUCUUUUACCUGGAAAAUGAUAUGAGAGGUUUAUUUUUAAAUAUAACUACUAAAUAAUUUCCAAAUGUGCCCAAAUUAUUCCCAUGCUUUAAUUUGUUUUGUAUUUUGUUCAUAAAACCAUCCUCUAUUUUGUUUUUAAUACAGAAUUUUCACUUAUCUACAAGGUUACAAUAAUAUGACAUGAGGUUUAAAUCCACAUAAAAUACAAGUCUCAUUUCUAGUGAAUAUGUCCACAUUUUAUUUUAAAUUUGGAUGUUCAUCAAAGUCUAGGUUGGCCAAAGAGCCUGUUUCUGUGCUGUUGUGUUCUAUGAAUUUGGCAAGGCUAAUAUCGUCCAUUUCUAAAUGUUCUCGAGGUAGUGGUGAUGAAAGACUACAAUGCUUCUGGUGAAGAUGUUGGGUGGGUGUAGUGAAGAUGAAGAACUUUGGCAGUGUGGUCUUUGUAAAUUGCAUCAAGGCUGCCACCUUGUCCGAGUAGACGUGACAUACUUUGUAUAGUAAUGAACAAUAAUGACCAGCAUCACUUCCAUAGUUAAGAAUGAUUCGGGUUGAAAUGGUGAAUGCGGACACAAUAAUUUAUUUUGCAGUGGCAAUGCCAGCACAGUAACUCAUCUCAUGUCUUGUGGAGCAUAAAAUGUUUUGAAUUCUGUUCUCUUGACUUAGUUAGUGGUAUUUCCUUGAGUGUUUGUUUUCUUAUUGAACAAGAACAGCUUUAAGUUUUAUGUGAAGACUAAGUGUUGCUGAACAAUCCACAAGGACUCGGAAACUAACUUUUCAUGUGAAGUUUGAGGAACCAGGAGGAUUUUGUUUAUUGUUCCAUCAUGUUCCAGCAUAACUUGUGUUCCUGGAGUUGAGGAAGGCACAGUGACCAUCUGCAGCAAUAGAUUAUAAAUACAGAAACUGUGUAUGAAGGCAUUUAAAUUUGAUCAUAUUUGGAGAGAGAGAAAAAGACACAUUGUGCUCAAAUGUGCAUGUCUUUAACAUGAUUACUUGAUUAUUGCAGAGAGGAAAGCAGUGGAUAUGCCCUGCAUGGCCACUUUACAUAUCUCUGAUGUACAGGAACAAAUUGUUAAGAGUAUAGCCAUAUAAAAUCUAUUGACUGAGUUGUCUUUGAACUCUGGUGCAUUAAACAUAAAACAAAACAACAUAAUGUUUGUUUAGUUGCUAUUAAUGGUUUUGAGAUUGUUUUGUGUUUCUCCUGACCAGAUGAUAGUUGGUAAAAAUAUAAUGUAAUUAUGAUGGUGCCAUGUAUUAUUAUGGUGUGUUCUCACUUAAGUAUAAAAUUGGGAAGAGAGACAUGAAGCUGAAUUUGGAAAGUAGCUGGUAACCCAGCCUAAGAUUGCAUUAUCUACAUACAGCAAGAUUGAUAUGAAGGCAGAAGAAGCAUACUUAUAAAAUCAUGCUUAUAAUUCUUUAGUGAAUCUAGUUGGCAACAUUUUGUAGCUGUAUUGUUGCAAGCUAUCUUUACUGCAAAGUAUGAUGGAUUUUGACCAAAGAGAGUGCCUUACAUAAAAUAGCCGUUGGAAAUGUUACUCAAAUUAAUGCAAUUUUACUUAUGUGAUGGAAUUGAGUGUCAAGAAUUAGACAAUAGACAAAUGUUGUUUGUGCUUCAAAAUCAGAUGAUACUGUCAUGUUAUCCACAAGGUUUAUUGUUGUACUGGGUUUUUUCUGGGUUUAAUAAAUCUAUAUUCUUGCCAAGCAAAAUAGUUUGACUUUUUUUU